AUGCCGACCGCGCGCGUGACGCUCUGCCUUCUGGUGGCGGCGGCAGCCCUCGGCCCGGCCGAGCCGCUGCCUGACAUCAGGAGCAUCGUGGCGCGCGUGGUGGACGACGCCCGGCAGCAACUCGUCAGCGGUGGCAGUUCGCCAGCAUAUCCCACCGGCUUCCCAGGACCGCAGGGACGACCAGGCUCAAGGAGACCAGGAACACCAGGCAAACCGGGAAUACCAGGCAAACCAGGAACAGGAGGCACACCUGGAGUGGGAGGCAUUGGCACUCAAGGUAGGCCUGGCACAGGAGGCACACCGGGAGUUCCAGGCAAGCCAGGAACACAAGGAGGGCCCGGAACAGGAGGAAGGCCUGGAACGGGUGGUACAGGAGGAACUCAAGGCAGGCCUGGAACAGGUGGAAGACCAGGUGGCGGUGGACUUGGUCCGACAGACCGCAGAGACGACCAGACUCAAGACGACCGGGAAAGCCAGGCAAACCAGGAAUACCAGGCAAACCAGGAACAGGAGGCACACCUGGAGUGGGAGGCAUUGGCACUCAAGGUAGGCCUGGCACAGGAGGCACACCGGGAGUUCCAGGCAAACCGGGAACACAAGGAGGCCCGGAACAGAGGAAGGCCUGGAACGGGGGGUACGGGAGGAACUCAAGGCAGGCCUGGAACGGGUGGAAGACCAGGUGGCGGUGGACUUGGUCCCGACAGUGGUUUCCCCGAGGGUUCCCGAGGACCCAGCGGCAGUUCGCCAGUCUAUCCUACCGGUUCCCCAGGACCGCAGGGACGACCAGGCUCAAGAAGACCAGGAACACCAGGCAAGCCAGGAAUACCAGGCAAACCAGGAACGGGAGGCGCGCCUGGAGUAGGAGGCGUUGGCACUCAAGGUAGGCCUGGAACAGGAGGCACACCGGGAUCCCAGACAAGCCAGGAACACAAGGAGGGCCCGGAACAGGAGGAAGGCCUGGAACAGGAGGAACAGGAGGGACUCAAGGCAGGCCCGGAACAGGAGGAAGGCCAGGAACAGGGAGUACAGGAGGGACUCAAGGCAGGCCUGGAACAGGUGGAAGGCCUGGUGGCGGUGGACUUGGCAAGCCAGGAACACAAGGAAGGCCCGGAACAGGAGGAAGGCCUGGAACAGGGGGUACAGGGGGAACUCAAGGCAGGCCUGGAACAGGUGGAAGACUAG